GGGCCAAAUUAAUCCAGACAUCCUAGGGAACUUAGCAACGACAGGUGCUGAAAAACAAAGCCUCCUUCCACUACAAGCCGAAUUCAAGCAAGAUCGGGAGAAGGCGUGAAAAAUGUUACAUUUGGACGGUAGCAAUUUGGAAGGGGGUGGGCAACUCGUCCGCAAUGCGCUCACUCUCUCUGCAUUGACGGGAAGACCAGUGACAAUCAGCAACAUACGAGGGAAGAGGAAAGGUCCUCGGGGUUUGAGGCACUCUCAUACAGCUGCUAUACAGUUCCUCGCUGAAAUUUGUGGCGCGCGCAUUGUUGGUGCUACAGUGGGAUCCUCUGAAAUUACGUUCUAUCCCCGAGAUACUGAAAAUGCAUUAUUGAAUGGUGGAACGGGAGGUGAUGAGUCACCGUCUGUACUGCAAGUGAGGGCGCGGUUGCAUCCCAUCCCUUUGACAUCUCCAAUCCAAUCCGAAUACAACAUCCGCCUUACAACUCCUGGUUCUAUCUUCCUCAUCUUUCAGGCCUUAUAUCCCUACCUCAUGUAUGCCGGUGCUCGCCUACACACUAAAGGAGAGGUCGUGAGCGUCACACCGGCUAGCAGAGUGAUCAAGUUGAACAUCACCGGCGGCACAAAUAUAUCAUUUUCCCCGACGUAUGACUACGUAUCUCAGGUUCUCAUUCCUACCUUCGCAAAGUUGGGCCUACCAAGUCUCUCUGUUAAAUUAAAUCGCCGCGGGUGGAGUACCGGCACAGUCCAGAUUGGUUCAGUGUCAUUUGAAAUUGAGCCUCUUGCUAUCUCCAGUGUGAGGAGGGUUCCCCCAGGACAAACAGAAUCUUCCUGCUUUUUGCCUGUUAGGUAUCCCCGCAUCAGUUUGGAAAAUUUGGAUCCUGGAUACAUCACCCGGGUCGAUAUCACAGUCCUAGCGCCUGACACCACUCUUCGCCAAACUGCAGCAUUAAGGCAUUCCAAAAAGACCCAUCAUCGAUCUCACAAGAACAGAAAACACCGACAGCACUUUACGAGCCAUCCUGAGAACGAACCCCCCAAAAGAACUACAUUUGUUGAAUCGGAAUUUGAUGUGGGAGAAUCUGAAGGACUAGAACCUUCGUCGUCAGAGGGUAGAGGGUUAUAUGACUCUCCCUCGCUUCAGUCAAUUCGUUCUUUUUUAGAGGAUGCUAUAAUGAAAUCGGUAACCAGAUCUCUAAGGGUGUUCUCUGAUAAUAAUGCCGUAGCAACCAAGCAACCAUCAGCGGAUGAAACACCGGUUGUGAGAAUACACACCACAGAACCAACUUACGACCCAUCGCACAUUUAUAUCCUUCUUGUGGCCCAUACAUCUACAGGAUUUCGACUGGGCAGGAGUCAGUUAUACUCCGAAUAUCAACCCAAAGAGAGGAAUAAGGAAUCCUGUUUUCCAAACGCCGAGGCACACCUCGAGACUUUGCUCUACGGGAUGGUAAAUGAAUGUGUAGCGGGUUUGAUGGAAGAAUUUACCACUGUGACUGACGAAGAGCCAAAUGACGUCCCAAAAAGGGGGACUAAAGGUUGUUUAGACACAUUUAUGAGAGACCAAGUUGUUGUUUUUCAAGCCUUGGGAGAACUGGACGAAGAAGGGAAGGGCUGCAAAUCUGGUAACCAGACCGAGGAACCGGGUCUCAGCCUGCAUUCUCUCACAGCAAUGUGGGUCUGUGAGCGAAUCCUCGGGGUAAAGAUGUAA